CCACGCCCUCCGCGCGGGGCCCAGCCGAGCGUGCGCCGCCGCCCGCUGUCGCUGCCUCCCCUUGACCGCGCGUCGCCCGGGGGAGUCCAAUAGAAACUUCUGGAUCGAUGACGUCCGUGGGUCUCGCCGGCUCCUACGCAUCGUGUCGGGGAAGGAAUACGUGGGUGUGCUGUUCGAUGAUUGAGAUCAAACAGCAGAUGUGCCGUGGAGCUGCCACACCUUCCUUACGGGAGCCGCCUAUGAAGCGACGCAAGGACAGCACCAGACGGGCAAGUCAAACCCAACUCCUGUCGAUCCAACGGGUUUCGGUCCUCUUCGUCCGCCCAAGGCUCGAUCUUGACCGUUGAUCCAUGGCAUCACUCUUUUAUUAUGUUGUCUCCUCCUCUCACUCCGUUGUCGUUCGUUGUUUGUUCUUGCGUCGCCGAGUUCAAAAGCGUCUUCCUUCCCCUUUCCUCUCCCUGUAUACCCGUCGCCGUUCCUUGCUCGCCCGAUCACCGCCACGAGCCGCCGCCCUCGUCGCAGUGCCGGCAUUGAUCGGGCCCUGCCGGAUCGGGCCGACGGGGCGGCAAUGAUGAUGAGGCGGGUGGCGGCAUCGCUGGUGCCGCCGUGGCUGGAGCCCCUCCUCUCCGCCCACUUCUUUACUGCUUGCCCCCUCCACCGGGACGCUCCCCGCAGCGAGUGCAACAUGUUCUGCAUCGAUUGCGGCCCCGCCUCGUCUUCUUUCUGCUUCUACUGCCGCUCCGACAGCCACGCCGGCCACCGCGUCAUCCAGAUACGGCGGUCGUCGUACCACGACGUGGUGCGGGUGGCGGAGAUCCAGAAGAUGCUCGACAUCAGCGGCGUCCAGACCUACGUCAUUAACAGCGCGCCCGUGCUCUUCCUCAACGAGCGGCCGCAGCCGCGCGGGGGCGGACGCGGAGGCGGCGCCUCCGCUGCUUCCUCAUCCACCUCAACCCCUUACACCUGCGAGAUCUGCUCCCGCUCGCUCCUCGAUCCCUUCCGCUUCUGCUCCCUCGGCUGCAAGGAAAUAGUACGACCGACACAAAUUCUUUACUUCCAAAGCUGCUCGUCGUCAACCAGAAGCCAAAGGAAGUAUACGCUGCAGCAGCAACAGCACUGUCUUUACCUUUUCACCUCCAUGGUCGGGACUCGUUCGCAGACACUUGUGGUAACCUUAACCCAAACACGGUUGAGGAAAGCUCGGUAUCUUCUUCGUUCAUCGGAAAAGGCAGUCGAGGGAGAUAAGAAAUACAAGUAGGUCCAAAAGAUCAAGCAUGUACUUCCAAUCACCUCAGAGUAGGGUGGUGUGCGCCGAGGCUGUGCAUUGCAAUCAAUGGGAGCAGGACCCGGUGGGGCGAACCCAGCACAUGGAUGAUGAUUGGGAUUUGGAGUGGAAACAUUUGUUGGAGCAAUUACUUUUACAGGAAGAAGAGAAGAGACCACAAGUAGUUUACAUAAAAUACCACACUGUGGAGUCCCCUCCGAAAGGACCACCAUGGCUUUUCACAUCUCGGGUGAGGACCACGAUGGAGAAGACAGAGGGGAGGAGGGGAGGAGUGUUUAGUUCCAUGGCUAGUUUAGUCGAUUAGGUCUGUGGUCGAGUUGCAUUAUUGGGUGGGUUGUUGUCACACACCAUCUUGCACAUCUGUCAAUCACUAAGAACAAUAAGAAUCAAUUGAU